UUCCGGGCUCCGGCUGGGGCUUUGUUUCUUGUGCCCGCGCAAGGAAUUGGAGUCUCUUCUCUCCUUCAUCUCCUGUUCUCCGGGAGGCCCAGGUGGCUCUGCUGCAGUCUCUGUCACCCUGCGACCUGCAGGUACUGUGAGAUCCGUAGGAAGGACGCCAGAACACCCCGGAAGCCGGGAAUGGACUCAGUGGCCUUUGAGGAUGUGGCAGUGAACUUCACCGAGGAAGAGUGGGCUUUGCUGGAUCCUUCCCAGAGGAAUCUCUAUAGAGAUGUGAUGCAAGAAACUUUUAGGAACUUGGCUUCUGUAGGAAAUAAGUGUGAAGACCAGAACACUGGAGAUCAGUACAAAAAUUCUUGGAGAAAUCUGAGAAGUCAUACAGUAGAAAUACUGAAAAGUCAAACAGGUAGUCAAUGUGGAGUAACCUUCAGCCAGAUUCCAAAUCUUAAUCUGAACAAGAAAAUUUUUAUUAGCGUAAAACUAUAUGAAUAUAGUAUGUGUAGAAAAGUCUUCAUAUGUCAUUUAUCUUUUCAUAGGUACAUGUUAUCUCACUGUGGACACAGACUAUAUGAGUGUGAGAAAUGUGGAGAGAAGCCAUAUAAAUGUCAACAGUGUCAGGAAACCUUUGUUUCUCUGAUGAGUGUUCAACAACACAUGGUAACUCACACUGGAAGAGGCCCUUAUAAAUUUACAGUAUGUAGGAAAGACUUUGGUUUUCCCAGUUUAUUUCAGGUACAUGAGAGAACUCACACUGUAGAAAAACCCUAUAAAUGUAAGAAAUGUGGAAAAGCCUUCAGUCGUUCCAGUUACCUUCAUAGCCAUGAAAGAACUCAUAGACAUAAAAAGGCUCACACUGGUGAAAAACCAUAUGCAUGUAAGAAAUGUGGUAAAGCAUUCACUCUUUCUUCUUCCAUGCGAAAGCAUGAAAUAAUUCAUACUGGAGAGAAACCCUAUGAAUGUAAGAUAUGUGGGAAGGCCUUCAGUUGUUCCAGUAACCUCCAUAAUCAUGAAAGAACUCAUACUGGAGAGAAGCCCUAUAUAUGCAAGGAAUGUGGGAAAGCCUUCAGACGUUCCAGUAAUCUUCGUAAUCAUGAAAGAACUCAUACUGGAGAGAAGCCCUAUGUAUGUAAGAAAUGUGGGAAAGCCUACAGACAUUCCAGUAACCUUCAUAAUCAUGAAAGAACUCAUACUGGAGAAAAACCUUAUGAAUGUAAAGAAUGUGGUAAAGCCUUCUUUUGUUCAAGUUCCCUUCAUGAUCAUGAAAAAACUCAUACUGGGGUAAAACCUUAUGAAUGUAAGACAUGUGGGAAAGCAUUUAGUCGUUCCAGUCAUCUUCAUACUCAUAAAAGAACUCAUAUUGGAGAGAAACCCUAUGAGUGUAAGGAAUGUGGGAAAGGAUUCCGUUGUCUCCAGUCCUUUAGAGGACACAUAAAGGCUCACACUGGUGAAAAACCUUAUGCAUGUAAGAAAUGCGGUAAAACAUUCACACUCUCCUCUUUCUUGCAGAAACAUCAAAGAACUCAUACUAGGGAAACACUAUGAAUGCAAGAUAUAUAGGAAAACCUUGUUGUGGUUCCCUUUGUAACAAUGAAAUAACUCAUACUGUAGAGAAAUCCUGUGUAUUUACAGAAUGUGGGGAAUCCUUCAGACAUU